CCUGCUGCCUGACAUGACAGAGCUGUAAAGUGGUCAGGACUCGUUUCUGCAGAGGAAAGCUGGCUGGCUGCAAAGGCAGAGAGGGCUCAGGCUGAAUGGAUGCUGCCACCGCAUAAUGGUCCUCAGACGUUUGUUUCCCUGGCAACGUGGGAAGUGCAUGUGGAGAGGGAGGUAUAAAAACCCUGGCAGCUCCUCUCUGAGUCUUACUCCGAGGUGAAUGCACUCGCUGUAAACACAGAGAGCAUUAAGAGAACUUGCUACACACUCCCUAAGUCGUUUUGUCGCUUGGUGUCUCGGCUCAUUGAAGACACAGCUCAACAAGUGGCGGCUCAAGAAUGAUGCGACCCAAAGAUUUACGCCAGGGCUCUGGCACAAAGACCUUCCUGGACGCCAUGCACGGAGGUAAAGUUCACUUGGCACGCUUCAUCCUGGACGCCUUGGACGGACGCAUCAUCAACUCGAAGACGGAAAACAGCCGCACCCCGCUCAUGUAUGCCGUCUGCUUACAAGACCCUGGGACCAGGUCCAAGUUCACCCGGCUGCUGCUGGAGAAAGGAGCCGAUGUGAACUGUCAGGAUGAGGACGGACGCACAGCCUUGAGUCAUGCCUGUGAAAUGGGUCACCUGGACGUGGUGAAGCUUUUGGUGCAGUUCAAUGCUGACCCGGACACCUCUGAUGCCUGGGGUAACAGUGCCCUGAUGUAUGCUGCCUUUUCAGGGCAUAGUCAAAUCCUGGAGUUCCUUGUCCGAGCUUUUAAAAGACUCGGACUGAGGCUGGACAGAACCAAUAAUGCCGGUCACUCUGCAAUCGAGGUGGCCAACUUCUUCGGACACAACCAGUGUGUGCAGAUUCUGAACUUUUCCUGCAGGAGGAGUGUUGGCACAGAUGAUCCACUCCCUGAUUCAGGAACCAAUGAUGGAGACAGCCGGCUGCCCAACAGGCUCCCCAGGUAUCUUGUGGAAAGGUUUUCCAAGCACUUGAAUUCCAACGAAGACCAACUGCCUGAGGUAUUUCAGAGACAGCUGAAGAUUGGAGACAGCAGUGGGCUGUGGAACCGCUUCAGAUGUCCCAGGAGCCAGUCUCAAGACGAGAAUCAUUCGAACAGCUGGGCUCUGCCUCCUCAGAUAGAAAAAAAACAGAUUGAAGGGGAACUCUUCACUGCCAAACAACUGCAAAACUGCCCGCUUAGAGAGCUAAGAGGGGCAAAAACACUGAACUCUCUGCCUGAGCCGAGCCAGAAAGAUGUCAGCCGGGACACUGGACUCCAAGAACAAACACCAGUGAGUUUUCCUCUCUGGGGUAAAGCAAAAUCAUUUAACCUGGACCUUCUGAAUGGCAGAAAGCAGUCCUAUCAGGGCGAUGUGUGCGACAUCAGCCUGUCAGCCAGCAAAUUAAAAAGAGCCUCACUUCAGGAUGAAAGAUGCCUGAUAGACAACAUUGAAUGUCAAGGAAACACCCGGAGUCUGACAAAUGAUGCUGACAAAACUGUUCAGGUGCCAAAACCUCUUUUGAAUGGAAAGAGUCAGCCAGGGAGAGUGCUGGAAGAGACCGCCCAAUCGCAGAGAGCAGAAGCCAGUGACAUAGCUCCAUCAAACAGACGAGAGCAGCAGAAGAGGGGAAGCUUGGGCUUUGGCAGCAGACACAAGCUGCUGUCCGCCAGAGGGGAAAUGGAGUCAGGGAAGAUCCCGAGCCGUGGGCCGGGUUUUAUGGGCCUGGGGACGAGGCUUCUGAGGCGAUUCACCGCCCCAGAGUUCAUGAGGAUGGUGAAAGACUGUUCAUCCAGCUCCUCGAACGGACGAGGGCGGAUAGCCCGCUCCGAGACCUUCCCGUGCUCUCACACGCACCAGCAGGUCAACAGCCAGCCCAGCGUGGACAGCAUCAGUGGAGUGAAAUGUGAGUUUGAAAGCGGCUCGUCUCAGUCUACUCUUGGAUAGAUAAUAGACUGCCUGGGAAAUGACUACAGCACUUAAAAAUCUCACAAUGCAGUAUGGUUGCUUAGAGGCAUAGUCCAUUCAUUAAGAGUAAUAAUAAUAUUCUACUUAUGUUGCUUUUUAAAUGUUCAUCACUAAAAGGUACAGUAGAUUGAAACUUUGCUAUCUAAAUAAUUUAUGAAUAAAGAUGUUAUCCAUCUGUGAGCUUUGGAAAUGAUUAUUUUUGUGUAACAAUUAAAGAUUUAUAUCGUAUGGAUUUAAAAUACUUACAUAUUUAUAAGAACUAUUGUUUGUUUUUUGCUUAAAUAUGCUC